UGUUCACAGGUAUUGGCUACACUGCAGUGCACUUCAUCAAUAAGAGACGGCAAAGGAUGUGAGGUUUGCCACACUGCCUUCAUCCAGCAGAGGAGUAAGAGCAGAGACAGAGACGGGCAGAGAAACCGAGUAUCUGCUGAGGGCAAGGCUGCAGUCCCAGUCUCGAGGAGCUUUUUGCUGCUGUCCCUCACUCAGAUCAUCCAUAUAAUACCCUAGCAAGCAACAAGAAUGGAUGUUUUUAAGAAAGGUUUCUCCAUUGCUAAAGAAGGUGUGGUAGCUGCUGCAGAAAAGACCAAGCAGGGAGUGACAGAGGCUGCGGAGAAGACUAAAGAAGGGGUGAUGUAUGUAGGUACCAAAACCAAGGAAGGAGUAGUGCAAAGCGUGACCUCAGUUGCUGAGAAGACCAAAGAGCAGGCCAAUGUAGUGGGAGAAGCUGUAGUAGCCAGUGUGAACACAGUGGCAAACAGGACUGUAGAAGGAGCAGAGACCAUCGUGGCCACUACAGGAGUUGUAAAAAAGGAGGACCUGGCUCCACCGCAGCCGCUGGAGCAGCUGGAGGUGGCAGGAGAGGGGGCAGGCACAGGAGGUGGCGGAGAGGGUGAAAAUGAAGGCAACUAAUCAACUGAGGGACUUACAGCUCAAAAGAUGGCAUUCCAAGAGCAUACAUGGAAAUAUUAGCUGACACUACAACAGGAAAAUCCUGCUCACCGUAAACAACAAUAUUCAGCUCUGUAGUCUUUCACUUGCUUCAUAAACCAAUUGUAUUAUACAUAUAAGCCAGACUCCUCUGAUUGUAAGUAAAGUGCAAGUGUGUGUACCAGGGUGCAUGUCUCCUUCCCUGCUUCCUGACCCGCUCGCUUUGCGUGUUUUGGUUGGGCUCACUGAUCUCUGUCUCACGUCCAUCUGCACUGGCACCUCGUAUUGCGGAAAUAUUUUUUUUUUUUAACUAAUAAAAGAGUGUUUGAACAAGC